AUGUGCGGCUUCAACCACAUCCGUGCUCGCAGUUUAUCCGAAAGCUAUUGUGCUUUUCAAAUGAAAGUCUGCAGCUUUACAUCCGGUGCUGUCGUCGGUCGGUCUCCAGCUGGUUUGACGCAGCUCGGAGGAGUCGCAGCUCGGCUCCAGCUGUUCUCGCCGCUGCUUUGCCCCGCCGCCUCUGCUGCUCCGCUGCUGCCUGCCUGCCCGCCUGCCUUCGUUUCAAAUGUCACGGCGACCAUGACAGGCAUCGCGGCUGUUUCCUUCUUCUCCAACGCGUGCAGGUUCGCCGGCUGCGGGCUUCACUUCGACUCCCUGACCGAGCUCAUCGUGCACAUCGAGGAUAACCACAUCGAAACAGACCCCUGUUUUUUGGAGAAGCAGGAACAGCAGCAGCCGACAUAUAUUGCUCUCAGCUACAUCAAUAGCUUUGUGAUCCACAAUGCCAGGUUCAUGACGGACGCUGCGAGGCGAGAACACGAGGCCCUGAAGAAAAAGGUGCAGCCGAAGCUCUCUCUGACGGCCACGUUGUCACGCACCAACGUCUCCACACCGCCCCGUCACACCAGUGGAAACCUCACCCCUCCUGUCACCCCACCGAUCACCCCUUCCUCGUCCUUCCGCAGCAGUACACCAACAGGCAGUGAAUGUGACGAUGAGGACGUGGAGUUCGAGGCAUCUGACAGUGACGAGUCGUGGACCACAGAGAGCGCCAUCAGCUCUGAGUCGAUCCUAAGCUCUAUGUGCAUGAACGGAGGAGAUGAGAAGCCUUUCGCCUGUCCUGUUCCCGGCUGUAAGAAAAGAUACAAGAAUGUGAACGGCAUCAAGUAUCAUGCCAAGAACGGACACCGGACCCAGAUCAGGGUGCGCAAGCCUUUUAAAUGUCGCUGUGGGAAGAGUUACAAGACGUCUCAGGGUCUCCGGCACCACACCAUCAACUUUCAUCCACCCAUCUCGACCGACAGCUUCCGUAAGAAGCAGCAGUAGAGGUGGAGUCAGUGACCAGCACUUUCCCUCAGGCCAUAUAAACGUCCAUCUGAAGUUCACGUCACCAGCAGCGCCGCUCGCUGCCUCCACUUUCAUGUUCCCUUCAUGUCACUUUGCUAUGACACUAGACUUAUGUUUUAUUUGCACAGUAUAUAUGUAUUAUUCGACCUUAAUCUCCAUGCAAAUUGCCAUAUUUAUGUCUUUCACAUUUUGUAUUUUUGCACAUUUCAGAUGUUUUUUUUAUCCCACCUUUGGCUUAUGGUGCUUAUUGUUGAUGAUGUAGACUUGAGAAGUAGCCAGGAGAUGAUUAGUUUUACAAAUUCAUUGUCCUUUAAAUACUGAAUACAUGGACAGAUUCCUGUGUUUUCUGUUGAAAGGAAACACCAUUACGCACUCUGUCAGCCUUUGAGCUUGAAAUGGGAAAGAGGCAAAUGAAGAACCUGAAUGUAGCCUGACUGGGAAUAAUGAGUCAUUUGUCUCAAACACAGUUACUUUUCCAUUCAUAGGACAAGCAUGACAUCUCUUUUGUGGGAACACCAAAGGAUAAUCUCAGGUGAUUUUUCUGCAAGCAUUUCAGCUCCACUUUUGCCUGGUCGUUUUAAAUGAGUCCAUGCUGCUCAGUGGGAUCAUGAGAACAUUUUGAGUAGCAGUUCUUUGUGUCUUGGGUAACUUUCUUUAAGACCUUCCUAAUUUCACAGUAAGGUAUUGAAGCACUUUAAAAAAACUGAGUAAACAAGUCCAAUUCUUCAGGCCUCAGUAUUGUGACAUUUCUGAAUGUAUAGCAGUUGCCUUGAUUCGUAUCCCAUUCCAAAAACACCCAAACAGUAUGUCUAUGAAUGUUUGAGUUUAGCUUAGCUUUAUGCCCAACCACUUCUGCUUAGUUUUCACUGCCUGAGUUACAAAUUUUAGGAAGAAACACUGAAAUGGCUUGGUGGCUGUGCAUUCGGCUCCUAUUUUGUACCAUAAUAAGAAUGAAGUAUUAAGAAAAAUCUGCCAAAGUACCAGCAAUAGCAAUCAGCUGCUAAAACAAAGGAAUUACAUAAACAAUAAUGUUGUCUACCUUUAGGAUUGUUAUGGUUUAUUUUACCAGAUCUUUUUUUUUUUUUUUUUUUUUGAGUGUGUAAAAACACAAUGACACGAAAACUGACAUCAUUCUGUGUAUAUUAAAAACCUGGGCCUGCAAAAUUAUUUUCUCAAACAUACAGGUCUGGUCCAUAUCUCUUGGUGCAUUGCAACUCAAGCGCAUAAAUCUGGCUGGGCAUUUUUGUUUUUUUUUGUAAAUAAAAGGUUUUUGGGUAAAUAUUGUCAUCAUAGUUUCAGUUGUUGAAAGGAGCGCUGCUUUGUAACUAAUUUGGCUGCACGAUUGGGAUCGCGGUUGGGCAGAUUUUGUUGAGUUCAUUUAAAUUUGUCGGUUUCCAGGCAUGAAGUCGAAGUUACAGUCGAGUUGAGGUCAAAGGCCAAAAAGCUCGACUUUGGUUUACUUCUCCAUUAUAUUUUUCCCCACUAAUAGUUCUUGGGUGUUCACCUAUUAAAUGCCUGCGAAAUGUGUUUCUCUUUAGCAUUUUCGUUGGUACACAACUAAAUAAACUGGAGCGUUACUGUUUUAUUGAUUAGCUGCAAGAAAAUCCCUAAAGAUUAGCGUCAAAUGUUGUGUGGAGAACAUUGUGUAAUUUCUUGCGCUAAAUGCGCCUUUGAAAUUAUAUGGUUUUUAGGAAAACUAAUCUCUACACACAACCUGACACAAGCUGAAGACCGAAACAGAAUAACUCAAGCAAUUGCUUUGAACCGUUUUGAAAGAGUAAAAAAAAAAUUAAUCUCGGUAGAAGAAAAUUAUGAGUGAACAAGGGCUACACUAAACUUCCGUUUAGUCUAGCAUGACUUUGCCUUCAGAGUGAACUAACGAACCCUCUGACACUGGCUUUGGAGCUGUGCUCUUCCAACAAGCUCAGAAGGUCUCCUUCCCUUCAUGUCUUUCAUUUCCAGGACAGGUUAUCACUUCAGCACUCUCCUUCCUGAAUGAGCGCGGCCUCAAAGGAGCUGCCGUUUUUGGAAAGCGUUUCGUAUUUUCCUCGUUUUCUUGAGGUGAAAGCAUUUGUUCGUGCUGCUGAGCUGUCUGCCGACAGUCACCCUACGCGUUCAUCCAACCAUGCCGUCAUUUCUGAACAUUUCUAUUUUUGUAUGGGACGGUGUGACUAAAUUGCCAUUCGGUUUGUGCUGUGCGUCCACACCUUCUUGGUGCCACUGGAUUCAAAUCUGCACAUCCUCAAUAAGAAUGAGAGAUCUGUAACAUAUGAAAGAACUGCGGCUGUGCUGUAGUGCUGUCAGUAUAUAAAUAGUAUACAGUGAAUGUAUCAUCACCCUUUAAAGUGUUACAUUUAUUUUUGUGUUUUUGUAAAGCAAACAAAACAAAACAAAAAAAGCAUAUGUACUGUAUUUCUGCUGCUUCAUGAAAACUUGGUAUAUUUUACAAUAAAAGUUCACCUGUU